AUGACCUUAUUUUCUUUUGCUCAGGACCAAUUGUUCCCUUCUUGCGAAGUCAGACCCUACAUACACUUGACGCAAGCAGGGAGAGAACAGCCUCUGCCUGGGUUAUGUUCGUUAGUACGAAACCUAAGACUCUCACUUCCGAAAUCACAUUGCUGCGACGCCAUGGCGACGGCCGGGAAAUGGACUGCACUCCAAGGUGCUUCCUUGGAUAAGACUAUUGAGCAAGCUUUGACAAAUACGCUGUCAUUUCCGCGCAUGACGCCAGUUCAAGCAGCUGCUAUUCCUCCGCUCUUAUCUUCGAAGGACGUCUGUGUGGAAGCCGAGACAGGAUCUGGGAAAACACUCUCCUACCUUGUCCCAAUUGCACAAACCGUUCUUUUCGAGAAGCGUGCGAAACCGUCAAGCGCUGUUCGGGCCCUUGUCAUCGCGCCGACUCGUGAGUUGGCUACACAGGUGCAUGCAGUUGCCAAGCAUCUUUUCGACGCUUUACCUGGUGACCUUGUUCCAGUCCCGCUGAUUGGAGGUGGAACAGCGUCUGCAGCGCCGGACGAUUCUUUUCGCGGAGAUUUCCGCGUUCUGAUUGCCACGCCAGGUCGGCUCGCUGCGGCUCUGAACCAAGGCUUUCUGAAUGUUGCAAAACUUGAAGUUCUCGUCUUAGACGAAGCAGACCGGCUGCUGGAUAUGGGGUUUUCAGUAACGCUCACGGACAUUUUAACACGAUUGCCUCGUCAAAGAAGAACAGGAAUCUAUUCGGCCACUCAGACUGCGGAGGUAGAAGCGCUUGCUCGCGCUGGGCUGAGAAACCCGGUCAGGGUCGCCAUCAAACGAACGCCUGCCUCCUUGCAAUGCCGGUACCAUAUUGUUUCGCCUCGCGAAAAACUUGCGCACAUGGCAUAUCUUCUGGCCAGUCACCCACAACAAAAAUUUAUCGUGUAUCUCAUGACAUGUGCGCCAAUCUGCGCACUGCAUGGCAAAAUGUCCCAAGCCAAACGCGAAAGAGCCAUGUUGAAGUUUGCUUCAUCGAAGAAUGGCGUCUUACUAUGCACCGACGUCGCUGCGCGAGGCAUUGAUAUUCCGGAUGUGGACUGGGUUCUCCAGUUCGACCCUCCACAGGACCCUGACGCUUACAUCCACCGAGUUGGACGCACUGCCCGACUUGGCCGUGAGGGAAAUGCACUACUGUUUCUAGCCCCGUCGGAAGACACAUACGCCGAUUUCCUUUUCGUGCGAAGAUGCCCAGUUUCGAAAUUUAGCGAAUUGGGGAUAUCACCAAGUCCGUUGAAUACGAGAGACCUCACCACCCGGCAGAACGUCGCCAGGCACUCCAUGCGAAGAGCAAGAAAGGAAAAAAGAGGAAGAAUCGAAAAACCAAUGGCGAUGAUUUGGUCCCUAAAAAACAACGAGACCAAGCAGUUGAGCGGGUAG